CCCACACUGGUAGAGGGGAGAAAGAGUGAAGAAGAGGGGAGAGAGAAAAAUAAGUUUUCUUCAGGAGCGGGAGGAGUAACAAAGGACAGCAGGGGACUUUUCUUUACAUGCUUUCCCCCCCUCUUUUUGCUGUUAUUGCUGUCUUUCCUCCCCUUUCCCCAUCUUUCCUUGUCCUCCUUUUCAUUCCUCUUCUCAUCCCGGUUCUUCCCCCAGCUCCCGCCGUGGGGUCUCAACUGUCCGUCUCCCUCCCCCCUUCCCUUUCUCCCUACCUCCCCCGGGCCUUGCUUGGAGCCUCCAGGCUGCUGCGCCGCAGGAGGAUGUCUCGCAGGGAGUCUCCCCCACCGCCCUCACCAGAGCAACUGUUUGGUGUGAGGGGCAGGGAGGUGGAUUGCGACGACCGUCCAAAGCGCACAGAACCGUUGUCUGAUGCCGAGCGUGAGAUCAUCCAGGAUACUUGGGGGCACGUGUACAAGAAUUGUGACGACGUGGGGGUGUCGGUUCUCAUAAGAUUCUUCGUGAACUUUCCAUCUGCCAAACAGUAUUUUAGCCAGUUCCAGGACAUGGAGGACCCUGAGGAGAUGGAGCAAAGCUGCCAGCUUCGACACCAUGCUCGUAGGGUGAUGAAUGCCAUCAAUACUGUGGUGGAGAACCUCAAUGACCCUGAGAAGGUGUCGUCAGUAUUAGCUCUGGUGGGGAAGGCUCAUGCUAUCAAGCACAAGGUGGAACCCAUGUAUUUUAAGAUACUGAGUGGGGUGAUGCUGGAGGUGUUGUCUGAAGAUUUCCCAGAAUUCUUCACAGCAGAAGUGCAGAUGGUGUGGACCAAACUCAUGGGUGCCGUGUACUGGCACGUAACAGGGGCCUACACGGAUGUGGGCUGGCUCCAGGUCUCCAGCUCGGCCGUGUGAAGUGUCAGUGGGAAGAAAAUAUGUAAAUGUUUGCAGUGGACUUAAAAGAUACCAGUCUUAAUCAUAAUAAGGGGAAAAAAAAAAGGUAAAAUAGGUUUUCAAGCUCAAGUUCUGCAAGAAAGGUUUCACAGACAUGGUGAUGAUGAUGAUGAUGAUUAUGACGAUGCGUAACCUGUUCAUCUGCACAAUAAUUAUUUUUUGUGUAAUUCUGGUUCUGGGGCUGCAUUGCUGUUUGUUUGUUUUGUUUUUGUUUUGUUUUGUUCACUACAUUCCACAGAUAACCAAAAUCUACAAAUACUAAUGGUAUUUUAGCUCAAGUAAAUGAUGGUUAGGUAUGUGUUUUGGCCUUGCAUGGGUAAUAUUAAUUAUCUAGUCAAUUGUCGCCUGUGGCUAACCCCACAAGGGAAGCAAAAGCAUGACUUCAAGCAAGUGAAGGCCAGCAGAGGUGCCCCCUCCCAAUUUUCUUGUCCCCGUAAUUUCCCCUUUGCUAAGAUCACAUCCGGCACAUGUCAAGCUCUUCUGUCUGAGACAAAGUUUUUUAGUUGAAAGUAUAAAAAAAAAAUACUUGGCCAGGUAGUUCCUACUAUUGGUUGUCUGGAGACCUGCAGAUGGUGAAGCUGUCGUGAGCUUUAAUACAUUUUUCCUGCCUUAGUAACAAGCACAAGACCGACAGAAAAUGGUGCUCAUUUUGCUCCCUGAAAGAAGAUAUCUUAGCUAUUAGAUUUGCAACCCGGAAUUAUUGAUUUGAUGUCAACUGAGAACAUUUUUUACAUCUUGUUCAAUGUUUAAUAGCAAGGAAAUACUCUUGUUCUUGAGAACAUAAAACACACCUAAAAAUAACAAUGCUUCCUCCCAAAAAGCAUUUCCAAGGUUGCAAAGCCUGUUUUCUAUAUAAAAAUGAGGCCCCGUGUAAAAUGCUUCAAAUGAUCACGCCCAUGGCAUACAGCUUAGUCAGGUGUCACCGUUGAGUCUUGUUUGGUGCACUUUGGCUUAUCGAAGUCUUAACAGUGACAAUGAAGCAAAAAGACACAUUGAGAGUUUUACAAUUCAGCAAAGAAGGAGGCUCAGUUGCAUUUGCAUGAACUAUACACAGCCAUCAGUGCCUGGUCACAAGCUGCUGUGGUGUGGAAUUUCAUUGUUCAACAAGGAACUGGUGAUUGUGUUAGGUGAGUCUUGUACCAAUGGCAUAUUCAAGAUGAUCACAGAAGUGUUCAGUUGAGAAGAGCUCAGGACAUUCGGCAGGCUCAUCCAUUUUUGUUUUACUCCCAAAGAGAUUAUAAAGGCCUGCCAUCUCAGUCCUGGCAUUCCUUUAAUUGAUGAUGAGCCUUGUUUUUGCCAUGAAAGCGAUGCCACCCUACACAAUAGCACUGGCUCCACCAAAAACGAUUUCUCUUUCCGUGCAGCAGCGGGCGUGUGGAAUGGCUGCAUUUUGUCUGUUCCAGUCAGGAUAGGAAACUUUUGGCCACAUCUUAAUGCAAACGCUAGAGAAUCACUCUUCUUCGGAAACUCACUUUGUCGUUUUUCUCCCAUGUAUCACCUGUUUCUUGAAACACAGCCAUCAGUUUCGAGGCGGUACACUGUCACACCAAAUAAUAAAAAAAAAUGUCAUGGUAAAUUGUCUCAAAUUUUCCCUACCGCACAAGCCUGAUUCAAGAACAACUAAACGUGACAUGUCAAAAAAAAUGUACUCAAAGUGCAACACAAAAUGACAACAUUAUCAAUAACAUGAGUGGAGAUAUAAUAACAAUAACCCCAAUAACACAGGAGUGCUUGAGCCUAUCCCAGCUGUCAUCAGGUAGGAGGGAGGGUACACCCUGAACUGGUUCCCAGCCAGUUGCAGCCCCAGAACCUUUUUUUACAUUAAAUAUUAAUGUUUUUCAACAAUGAAAAUAAAAUUACGAGUGGUAUGUUCAAUCUUGGAACUAACAGCCAGGUAUAUAACAUUUACAUUUAACAGCGCUUGCAUUGAAAUUUUGACAUGACUUAAUGGUCAGUGUACAGAUAAAGCAUAUCCAAAUAACUGGAAUAUUGACUAAAUGUGUUUUUUUUUUUUUAUUAAAAUUGACACAAAUCACCCAAAAUGUAAUUUAUGUGGAAACCUGCUCAGAGAGAUAUAUCCUUGAGUUGCACAUAUUGUAUGAAUACACCUCAAAAUAUUUUGAAAGUAUAAUGUGAAAUGUGUUUAGAGGGAAUGAUUUGAAACUGUAAGGGUAGGGGGGAGUGGAUAGUUGAAGCCCUACCAUUGGGACCAUGGAACUGCUGACUGUUAACCAUUUUUGUACACUUUAUGCCCUAAAAUCCACAGAUUUAAGGGGCUGUGCUCGUCACUUUGUUGAUACAUAUAUCAAUGCAUCAUGUACUCUAAAUAUCUACUUUUUGCCCUGUUGUUUGUCCAAGUGUACUCUUCAGCCUUUUGUCAUGCACUUUCUCAUGAAUCUGUUUCUGCGCUAGAGAGAACUGUUUGGUUUCGGUGGAGUGCUUCACAUACGGUGCACUCUUUUAAACAAACACAAUGACGGUGCGAAAGUGAGAUGGAGAACAGCCGCAGGUGGGCACGAUCAGCAACCACACAUGCACACCUUUCAUGUUUCAAACCUCCUCUACGCUAAUAUUUACAAGCCUGUCACUUAGUUUACGUUCAUCAAAGAGACAUGCCGCAUUAAAGACUCCAUUAAGCCCUUUAAAAACCCUUCUGGAGGUCUCGGAAACCAAGAGCUUGUUCUAACAAGAAUUUAGUCAGAUUUUGUACUUAAGGUACAAAAGAUACAGUAGAAAAAAAGAUGUUUUGUGUGCUGAAAACUCUUACUUUUUAUAUGGAUCACAUUUCGAAAAAAUCUAAAACCUUGAAACGAUGACAAUAUAUUGCAUUUUAGAGGAAAUGUUAGUGUAUAAUAUCCGCUUUGUUAGUAGAAAGAUGGACAUACUUUCUUUACCAAUCCAGUGGAGGAAAUCAAAGGUUUUUAUCUGUUUGUCCUGAAUUUUUAUGAGAGUAUGUUUAAAAUCUGAGGUGCCAUUUGUAACUUACUUUCUCUCUAAAAUCAUCAUCUCACAUCUGUACACCUAUAGCCAAAAUGUGAAAAGUCAUUUUUCUACCAUUAAGGACUUGGAUGGACGUAUGUGGGGAUUUCGCAUUGAUCCUAGUUUUGCAUGCCAUGCCAUUUGUAAUGCCCAUGUCGCUAUUAAAUUCCCAAGGAUACACUGCAAAUCUGUUUAGGGCAGACAUUUGAUCCAAUCUGGAGCUUGCAUCUGCUCCACUGAUGUCCUGUUUCUCCCAUUCGGCUGUCGUCUGCAUCAGCAUCUGGCAUUUAUGAGGAGGCAAUGAGUCGCCGCUCGUCCUUUUCUGGUCAUUUGUCUACUUAACGUAACGUCCCAUUGCCUUGGUGAUGGUCGUAGUCACAGAUAGUGAAAACCCUUUUACAAAUAGCCGUACGCUCUCAUCAUACAAUUUCAUUCAGUGAGAACGAUUCUUCCUAAGAUCCCCUUCCAAACACUAAAGAAGAGGUUACAUUUAGUUUGCAGCCAUAAAUGAAUUAGAAAAUGAGAAGAAAUGCCUUUGUCUGACUUGCAUUCUGUUUCUGAUUCGGUUUUCAUUCAGAUUAAAUGAAAUUAAAAUCUAUUUUCUCAAACUCACUAUAGAUGAUUAUAGUUUCUAUUGAUCCAUCUGUUAGACUUAUUCAUAUCUAAACUGAUUGAUAUACUUAGGGCCACACUGAAAAAACCCCAAAUAUUUAAGCUAGUAAGUAAAAAGGAGGGAGGUUUUGAGGAAAAAAAGUCACAUUUUAGGAUGAUAGGUUAGGGUGAUAUACCAAAACGUUUUUGUGAAUAUAUAUUUCAGUUUAGCCUAGCAAGUUCCUCAGUGUAUUGCAGUUAAAUCGCAAACUUUUCUGCAAUAUUGCAACUCCCUUUCAAUGCCCUCUCUUGCAUAUUUCAAUUUUUUUAUGUAAAAUGACUAAUCUUGUAAUAUUUCAGCAUCCAUUUUCUGUACCGAUUAUCCUGUUCAGUGUAAUGGGGAGCUGGAUCCUAUCGCAAGUCUCUUGUGGCAAAAAGCAGACAUUUCAAUAUAAGAUAAAGACAGAUAAACAUUUACGCCACCACUGGAUGGAAACUGAACCCUUGCUGCCUGCGUGGAGGUUUUACCAAGUGAUUUGUCAGGGACUUUUACUACUUUUUAGUUUGUUUUCAAUAUGGCCCAAACAUCCCUUUCCAUAUACCACACGCUCGACUUUUCGCCAGUCAAUAAAUCCAAGUGAAUGAGGUAUGGAGCAAAGAUGGUCGAUUGUUCACGGCCGAUAAGGCCUCCCUUCUCCGCUAGCAGAAGCAGUGAUGUACAUUUGAAACCUAUUUUCUAUUUUAUUCAUGAAAUUUGAUUCAUUAAUUGCCAACUAAAUAUGCUCCUCUUUUUCUUUGCACUUCUCCUGAGUGCAAUCAUUUCAAUAUGUAUAUGUGGAUGAUGGAUUUUUUUUUCUCUAUCCAACAAAAUUUCAGCUUUUGUGUGCUACCAUAUCAAUCAAAUCUUCCUAAACCAAGGGCCUUCAAAACCAGUAGUGCUGAGUGAUGUAGUUUAAAACAGUAGCAGUCCUCACGGGGUCAUCAGAUGUAAAAAAUGUCUUCCUGUGAAAGAACCAAGUCAUUUUCAAGUACUAUCUGGAGCCUAUAAAGCCCAACAAUUAUAGGAUCCAUUUGUUUAUGACUGGAAUACCUGGUUCAAUGCAAAUAUUUCUCAACAGUGAAGUGAGAAAAUCAUAUUCAAACAUAAUGGGUUGCUCCUCCUGCCAGCCUGCAGGCUUUGUGUUGAUUUGCAUCAAGUUGUCAUCAUUCUUACAACACCCAAACACAAAGAUACAACAUACCUAACUUUUCUUCAUACUUUACUUACACAUGCAUGCACAAACACACACAGCAUGCACGCAGACAUACAAACCCAAUUGUGUAUUAAAUUGGCUGACUUGGACAUGUCCACGCACGCCAAGUAUACCACAGCACUCAAUCAAAUACAUACUGUACUUGGAAAAAAUAACGACACAACUACCAUGCUUAAGGGCAUCACAGGAUAUACUGUAUGUGAAUCUGUUUUGUUGUGAAACGUUUCUGUCAAUGAGUUAUUAAAUGCGCAGACUUAAUUAUAUUUUUCUAAAUAUAUCUAGGAUAAUGAUUCGACAUUUGAAUACUAUAUUGACGUGUCAUUGUAUACUAUGUUAUUGGUGGGAGGAAGUGCAGUGGCUUUGUCGUGUUUCGAGCAUGU